CUGCUCUUAAAUCGCGUCAAUGCAAGUCACCAGACAAUAAGCAAUAUUGCCCGGAGGCAGUUCUUAACAUGGUAGCCGAGAAAUUAACUUACACCGCCGUCAUGUUCAUUCAAGUUGAAUUGUUAAAUGAGUUCUUUUUCCAAUUUCCGAGAGAAGUUGACAAUCGUCUUGUGUAUGACUUGGAUCGAAAACAGAUUUUGUCAUUUGCAAAGGAGAAUCCAAACAUACGGAAACAUUUGGAAUUGCAAGAAAGAAAAAGGAAACUAGAAGAGGUCAUGGAAAAAUUAAACUAUCUGGUUAGGCGGCAAAGAGACAUCGAAGGUCGCAAGGGCCCAGGAAGUUUAUAUACGUGA